AUGACAGAGUUUCAUGUACCCUACAGGGCAUCCCAGAGUACAUCCCCCCUUUGGUAUUCUAUUAAGCGUGCAUCGGCAUAUAUCAUUGUGUUAUCUUCUUACUCUGCCUAUGGUAAAUAUACUCCACAAUACAAAUGGCUUAAGCAACAGCUCCCCAAGGUUAACAGGGCCGAGACAGCAUGGCUAAUCAUUCUCGUUCACUCUCCAUGGUAUAACAGUAACAACUACCAUUUUAUGGAAGGAGAAAGCAUGAGGGUAAUGUAUGAGCCUUGGUUGGUUCAGAACAAAGUUGAUCUGAUAUUAGCAGGCCAUGUUCAUUCCUACAAGCGUUCCGAACGAAUGUCGAAUGUGCAGUACAAUGUUAAAGAUGCUUCUGCUCCAAUUUACAUAACAAUUGGCGACGGGGGAAAUAUAGAAGGCAUGACUGAUAGUUUUAUAUACCGACAACCAAGUUACUCGACCUAUCACGAAGCAAGCUUCGGGCAUGCUUCCUUAGAAAUUAAGAACAGAACUCAUGCCUAUUAUACUUGGCACCGUAACUAG